GGAACACCCUCGGCCACUCGCUGCUGAUGAUCCAUUGGCUGAAACGAUAUUUCACGGACUACAACUCGACCCCAACAGCUGCAGGCCUCGCUUCCAUUCUCUUCCAUCUUUCUAGCUGCUCCCGUGGUUCCCCAGCAUUGGUAUAGUGCCAUCGACAAUUCGAUCUUCCUUCCUCCGUUCUGAAUUGCGGAGAACGACCAACCGCGACGGGACGCGGAAAAAGCCAGACGUAACUACGUACUGUAUCCCCAGAAUGCCAUGCGUCGUGUCGUCGUGACUGGUCUCGGAGCAGUGACACCUCUAGGAGUAGGUUUCCGUCGGACUUGGAAACGUCUCCUGGAUGGUCACUGCGGCAUUGUCAACGUCAACCAUCGCGAUGCCAGGUUUGCCGAUUUGCCCUGUCAGAUCGCGGCGGUGGUGCCACAGGGCGCACGGAAGGAUGGAUGCUGGACUGCUUCGGAGUGGUUGAGUCGAGAUGAUGAGCGCAAGAUGGCUCGGUUCGCGCAGUAUGCGAUGGCUGCUUCGACAGAAGCCCUGGAAGAUUCGGGCUGGGUGCCCACGGAUUCGGAGCAACGAGAAGCUACAGGAGUAUGCCUCGGAUCCGGGAUCGGCAAUUUUGACGAAAUCUAUAACACCGUUGUUGCAUAUGAGAAAGGGGGCUACCGAAAAGUAUCUCCUUUGUUCGUCCCUAAGCUUCUGAUCAAUCUCGGGGCCGGGCACAUCUCUAUGAGAUUUGGAUUCAUGGGACCAAAUCAUUCAGCAACCACCGCUUGUACCACCGGUGCACACUCCAUAGGGGAUGCAGCGCGGUUCAUUGCGUGCGGAGAUGCAGAUGUGAUGCUGGCCGGCGGAGCAGAGUCCUGUAUCCACCCCUUGGCUGUCGGAGGAUUUGCUCGGGCACGCAGUCUGGCGACCAGCUAUAACAAUUCGCCGGCGAAGGCGUCGAGGCCGUUCGAUGCGGAUCGGGAAGGGUUUGUGGUGGGUGAGGGCGCGGCAAUGUUGGUUUUGGAGGAACUCGAACACGCAAAAGCAAGAGGAGCCCGUAUCUAUGCCGAAUUGAGGGGCUACGGCUGCUCUGGCGAUGCGCAUCAUAUGACAGCGCCCAAAGAAAACGGCGAAGGCGCAUUUCUGGCCAUGAAGAAGGCCCUGAAGAAUGCCAGGCUUCCACCUUCUGCAGUUGACUAUGUCAACGCACACGCGACUUCGACUGUUGUCGGCGAUGCAGCGGAAAACGCUGCCAUCAAGUCUUUGCUGCUGGGACCAGGAGGGAAGCAGCAGGCGACGGAGAUCAACAUCAGCAGCACCAAGGGUGCCAUCGGCCAUUUGCUCGGUGGUGCUGGCGCCAUUGAAGCUUUGUUUUCUGUUCUCGCGGUGAACGAGAAUGUGAUGCCUCCGACCAUCAAUCUGGAGCGGGUGGCUGAUGGAUUCGACUGCAAUUAUGCCGCCAAACAAGCGCAGGAGCGCCGCAUUGACGUGGCCUUGACGAACAGUUUUGGGUUUGGAGGGACGAACAGCAGCUUGUGUUUUUCCAAGCAUGCAGCUUAGGCGGCUGUAUAUCAUAUGAUAUUGGCGAUUUGCAUAUAACAUUGCAUUGUAUCAAUAAACUUGUACCACCAGGUGGAUCACUGCAACCACUUAAAUCUCAGUACUUUUAACUGGCCAA